AAACAGCCAGCUGGACAGCUCUGGGGAGGCAACUCAGAGGCUCUUCCUCAGGCCUCGAUUGAGCUCCGUGCUGCCCUGCACUUCACCAGAGGGAAAGCACUCUUGGGAAAGCUUGACAGGUGCAGAACCUCAGCCAUGUUGGCCUUCUUGUUCGGCGGCCUGCUACUGGCGGCCUGUGGCUCUGUCACCAGGACCACGUCAGAUCCCGGGGAGUCCAGAGUUGACUUAGCAGACAGGCUUGACCUGGUUGAGAAGAUAGGCGACACGCAUGCCAAAGUGCUGGAGAUCUGGAUGGAACUAGGACGACAACGGGAGGUGGAUGGCGGGGAGAUGCACGCAGUCUGCAGGGUACAGCCAUCAGCCACACUGGGACCCGAUCAGCCACAGAUCACUGGCUCGGUCCUUUUCCGGCAGCUGGGGCCCGGCUCCAGACUUGAGGCCUUCUUCAAUCUGGAUGGCUUCCCAGCAGAGCAGAACGCCUCCAACCGCGCCAUCCACGUGCAUGAGUUCGGGGACCUGAGCCAGGGCUGCGAGUCCACAGGACCGCACUACAACCCGCUGGGCGUGCCGCACCCACAGCACCCGGGCGACUUCGGCAACUUCGCGGUGCGCAACGGCCACAUCUGGAAGUACCGCACCGGCCUGACCGCGUCGCUGGCCGGACCACACUCGAUCUUGGGCCGCGCUGUGGUGGUCCACGCUGGCGAGGAUGAUUUGGGUAAAGGUGGCAACCAGGCCAGCCUGCAGAACGGCAACGCAGGUCGCAGGCUCGCCUGCUGCGUGGUGGGCUCCAGCAGCUCUGCGGCCUGGGAGAGCCAGACAAAGGAGCGCAAGAAGCGGCGGCGGGAGAGCGAGUGCAAGACCACUUAAGCAUCACUCAGGGCCGCGGAGCCCAGCUGCUGCGCCCAUAGAUGCCUCCACACGCCUCCAGAUGCCUCCAGUCACCCCAGAGGCCUCCGGGCGUCCUAGACGGGGGGGGGGGCCACCCAGACACCUCAGUGGCCUCUGCACGCCCCACACGCUUCUAUGCACCCCAGGCACUUCUAUAUGGCCCCAGAUGCCUCCAUGAACCUCCUCAGACACCUCUGUGUGCCUCAGAUGUUCCCACCUGCCUCAUACACCAUUCCUCUGUGUCCAGGACACCUUGUGUAACCCAGAAAUCCUUUCAUGCCCUAUGCACUUCCACAGAUCCAGAACUCCUUUGAGCUCUAGAUUCACUUUGAGCCCCUUUGUGUCCCAAGACAAUCCCACAAGCCCCUAGAAUCCCCUUUGAAACUGUCUUUGAGUCUGCUCCCAGAGAACCCCCUCCUUCUCCCUAGAGGUCGAAUGUGCUCAGAUACUCUCCUUCUACGCUGAGGACCUCCCACUUAGCACCUUUGAGAGUACUCCCUUGGGAUGUACUGAAAUAUCACCCACCCCACUUCCUCCUGCCCCCUUUUGUUUUCUUCCUGUCCCCUAGCACUGAGACUCCUUUCUUCCCUAGAGACCUCGUUUUUUUCUUCCCUUUGUUCCUCCUAGGUAUUCUGGGACCACCCUGACACCCAUCCCCUAGGCUUCCAUGUUCCUGAUCACCUUCGGGGUCCCUGGAUCUGUUUGCAUCUGUUUCCCAUAUGGUACCUGCACCCCAGGGAGAGCAGCUCCUUCGAGAGUAUUUGGCAACCUUUGUGUUGCUCAUUAAAAACAUAGCAAUUCAGUCCUGC